CAUCUGUUAUUUGAAAAACAAAGGCAAACAAUUUUCUCUUUAUCAAUUAUUUACGAGAGCAUAAUAUUGAACUCGAAAAACAAUCACUUUCGAAUAGGAACUUUUUCAACAAUUCGAAUCUCUAAAAAUAGAUUAAUUAGUCUACGGUUUCCUAGUUUACUUUCCCUACUGAGGUCCUCCAAAUAUUCGAACCUCCAUCACGCAACAAUUAAUUUUCCUAACUGUAAAAAUAUCUGCCAAACAUCCAUGAUGGCAUCAAACUCGACAAACAUUUUGCAAGUUUUAAAUGCAUCAAGCCGAGGUGCAGCACUUUCUCCUCAAACUAAUCCUCAAGGAUUUCAAAAUAUGCUAAUGCAACAACAACAACAACAACUUUCGUCUCAAGCUCAACUCUAUAAUUCCUUACUCAAUCAACAAGACAUUAAUAAUUUAUAUCAACAACAGCAACAGCAACAGCAACAACAGCAGCAACAGGUUGUUUCUCCAAUUUCUCAAUCUUCUAACGGACAUUCUAGUAAUCAUAGUAGUGUAGGUCAUAGUAGUGGCAGUGGCAGUGGUUCUCAUCAUUCACAAGUCAAUCAAGCUCCACCAUCAAACACAUUAAUGUUCAUUAAUGAGACAACAGCUGACGUUCUCAAUAGAGGUACUAUUCCAACUUUUGAUUUAAAUGCACCAUCUACUCCAACAAGGAAUAGCAAGAUGAAUAGUCAUUACUCUACUCCACCUAAUAAUUAUUCGAAUCUUAAUUCUCCUCUUUUAUCUCACUUGAAGAGUCCACCCUCUCUGAAAAAGCACAAUUCAGCCUCCACUCUUCACAAUACCACAAGUUUGAGAAUGAAGAAACACUCUGGUUUGGGAAAUUUCAAGGCAAACUACUUUGAACUGGAAAUGAAGAAGAAACCAAAAGCUGGUUGUUCAAAGAAUAAUUUAGAUUUGAGUGAUUCCAAUUCACUACAUGCUCAAUCAAUGAUGAAUGGAAUGGGUCCAAAUGGAAUUCCACCAAAUAUGUCUCCUAGAAGAGGUAUUGAAAAAUCUCCCAGCUUUUCAAAGAAGAAUUCCAUGCUCAAUUUGGAUCGUCAUUCAUUGGCUGCAGCUUUGAGUCAGAAUAAUAUCAAUAUUCAACCCAAUCAGCAACUUCAAGAAGUCGGUAACAAAAAGUUCAGUCUUUCAUAUAGUGAGACAGAUAUGAGUGUGGAGAAUCAGAAAUUCUUGAUGGGUAUUGGAAAUGCAUUGUACAGUAAUCAACCUGUUAAUAUGAAUACGAGUGGACAUACAGUAUUGAACCCUGAUGCCAAUCAACAAUUAUUGUACAAUAGAACAGCCCAUCAAAAUGGCAUUAUGGCCCAAAGUACUCCAGAACUUCAAGAAUUUCAUCAACAAGCUCUCUUUAAUAGUAUCUUUGCCCAGAAUUCAGAGCCAGGAGUAUUUCAACAAAUGUCAACCUCCUAUCCUAACAAUACUCCUCAACAAUCUGCCAAUAAUAAUAAUAUGAAUGGCCAAUCUGAUUUUGAUGACAUGCUUGAUUCUCUUCUCAAUGAAGACGUCGGUGAUCUUUCAUUUGAUAAUGUAAAUAAUAAUCCUCCCCCACAAUCCAAUGCUCCAUCUUCACCUCUAUCAUUCUUUUAUAAGGAAGAAGAUAAAGAACAAGAUCAAUCAUUAAUUACAGACAUGGAUAACUUCUUCCUUUCAGGGAAUGAUGAUCAUGAAAGAAACGACGAUGAUCAAUUUUUGCCUUUAAGGCCUAUCAAUCCACACGAGGUCAUGAAAGAAUGGGAGAAUUCCACUAACAAUAACUCGUCAAAUCUUCAAAUAGAUUUUGAGAUAUUAAACCAAUUUUGAAACAGGUCCAACAACAACUCUCACUAACAUAUUUCAAAUAAAUAAUAACUUGUUAAU